CAACAGCUGACAAGACGUGUGAUGCAGACGGACUGUUUCGCCCCGUCAUGUUCCGGAUAUUUUACUGUUUGCGAAGAAACUGAAGAUGAUGCGGGGUUGAAGGAGCCGUGAGCUGCGUUCUAAUAGUGGGGGCCAGUGCCUCGAGACGAGGGUUGAAGACUUCUCUCGGAAAUACACAACCGCCUAUGCUUCAACCUGGUUCUGGUGAACAACAUUUCAAUUUUUGUGAAAGUUUCCAGAGCAUCUAUGGCAGCCCAAGGAGAAACGUACCGCUUAGCAUUCCCUCCCAAUCAGAAACCAUACAUCUCGACUGGUCUACCGUUUCACAAAUCCCUUGUUCAUCAUGUCACGAACACAUUCCAUGCAUCUAAAGUCUAUGUAAUCGUCUCCGCAUCUAUCAGUAAGACGAGCAAUUUCUCAAGACUACAAUCCGAAUUGGGUAAUAAGAUUGUCGGUGUUAGAUAUGGCAUUAAACAGCACGUGCCCUGGACGGACGUCCUCGAGGUCGUCAAUGAUAUCAACCAAAAAGAAGCGGACUUGAUUGUCACAUUAGGGGCCGGUUCUCUCACGGAUGGUGCCAAAGUUAUCGCAUUUGCGCUUGCAAAUCAAGCCUUUACACUCGAGAAUCUGGCCAAGAUUGCGGCCGACGCCAAACCUAUAGACUUGCAGCCAUGUAGCAUUCCUAUCAUCAACAUACCUACGUCUCUGUCAGGCGGAGAAUAUACCGCCAGUGGUGGCGCUACAGACAUGCGAACACACCGCAAACACUCAUUUGCACAUCCUUCAAUUGGAACCAAUCUAGUGAUACUUGACCCAACACUAUCGAUCUCAACACCCGAACGGGUCUGGAUUUCCAGUGGUAUGAGAGCUGUGGAUCACUGCGUUGAAGGGCUUUGUUCGAAUUCUCCUAAAGUGACUGAUUCCACUGAUGCUACCUACACCAAGGGUCUUCGUCUUUUGGUCCCUUCUUUGCUGCGAACUAAGAAGGACAAGGAGAAUCAAGAAGCAAGACUUGAUGAAAUGCUGGGAGUUAUAGAGUCAAUGAAAGGAAGCAAAGCAGGAGUUCCGAUGGGAGGUUCCCACGCCAUUGGACACCAGUUGGGACCUCUUCGCGUAGGGCAUGGAGAGACCUCAUGUGUCAUGCUGCCCCACGUAUUGAGGUGGAACCACCUAAAUGGAGAUGAGACCGUCAAGUCACUGCAAAGAAAAGUCUGUGGUGUGUUUUGGGGUCAGGAAGACAUAGAAAGAAUGUUGAAAUCGAGAGGUUUGGAGCCAGGAACAGUUGAUGCAAGUGAUAUUGUUGGUGCUUUGGUGAGUGAGCUUGGUAUGCCGAGAACUUUGAAAGAAGUCAAUGUCUCAGAAGACCGGCUCGAUGCUUUGGCGGCCAACACUAUGAAAGACAGGUGGAGUCCAACAAAUCCUGUUCCUUUAAAGGAUAAGUCGAUGGUUCUCGAGAUUCUCAGAAUGGCGUUAGGGACAUGAACACUGUUGAGAUUGAAAUAUAAGAU